AAAACAAAAAAAAAAAAAAAGGAAAAAAGAAAGAAAAGAAGAAGAAGAAGCAGGCAUUUUCACUUUUUCAGUUAUUGAGUAAAUCUUCACUUCCCUAACAGAAAAUCUGGAUAAAAGAGUCUACGGCGGAGCAACCAGCCGAGGCCUACCAAGUCCAGUAUGACGACGACCCCUCCUCUCCCCUUCGCGUCCGCCUCUCUGCAACUCACCUCCGUGCCAAAACCCAGCUACAUCCAAUCUUCAACCCAUCGCCCAUACCCAAUUUCAAGAAUCCGAAUGUGCGGGAUUUCGGCCUCACCCGGAAAGAAAACGGGUCCCAGGAAGACCCGCAAGAAAAUCAGCUCCUCUCCAACUUCAGAAGCUGAAGACUUGGUUCGAUCAAUCGUGAGGAAUAUAUCGGAUAAGGAGCCGUUGCUGAGCACUCUCAAUAAGUAUGUGCAGUUUGUGCGCACCGACCACUGUUUCUUGCUGUUUGAGGAGCUCGGCAAGAGCGAAAGGUGGCUUCAGUGCCUCGAGGUAUUCAGAUGGAUGCAGAAGCAGAGAUGGUAUAUAGCUGAUAAUGGGGUUUACUCAAAGUUGAUUUCUGUGAUGGGAAAGAAAGGGCAGAGUCGAAUGGCGAUGUGGCUUUUCUCCGAGAUGCGCAAUAGCGGUUGUAAGCCCGAUACAUCGGUCUACAAUGCUUUGAUCACGGCCCAUCUCCACUCUCGGGACAAGGCCAAGGCAUUGGCCAAGGCCGUCUCUUAUUUUGAGAAGAUGAAGGGGAUGGAGCGGUGUCAGCCAAGCAUUGUCACAUACAACAUCCUUCUGAGAGCUUUCGCUCAGGCGAAGAAUGUUGAUCAAGUCAAUGCCUUGUUUAAAGAUCUUGAUGAGAGCAUUGUUAGUGCUGACACCUUUACGUUUAACGGGGUGAUGGAUGCUUACGGGAAGCUAGGGAUGAUUCGGGAGAUGGAGCUGGUUCUUGCUAGAAUGAAGAGCAAGAAGAUAAAGCCCGACAUCAUCUCGUUCAAUCUGUUGAUUGAUGCGUAUGGGAGGAAGCAAGAAUUCGAUAAGAUGGAGCAAGUGUUUAAGAGCUUGCUCCGCUCCAAGGAGAAGCCAACGCUCCCUACGUUUAAUUCCAUGAUCACAAACUAUGGGAAAGCGCGGCUGAGGGAGAAGGCCGAUUCGGUCUACCAGAAAAUGACAGAGAUGGGCUAUAGACCGAGCUUCAUUACUUAUGAGUGCCUCAUUAUGAUGUAUGGAUACUGUGAUUAUGUGUCGAGGGCUAGGGAGAUAUUCGACCAGAUGGUUGAGUCGGGAAGGGAGAAAAAAGUGUCGACUUUGAAUGCUAUGCUUGAUGUCUACUGCAAGAAUUCUCUGCCUAUGGAGGCAGACAUGCUUUUUGAGAGUGCACGUGCUUCUCAAAUGCUCCCCGUUGAUUCGACUACUUACAAGCUCUUAUACAAGGCUUAUACGAAAGCUGAUAUGAAAGAGCUGGUGGAGAAAUUGCUCGUGUGUAUGGAUAAAGAUGGAAUCAUUCCUAACAAAAGGUUCUUUCUCGAUGCUCUAGGGGCACUCGGGUCUUCUUCUCCUAGCAAGAAGCCCACCAGCAGGAACGACAGGUUGCCCAAACAAGCUCCCACUGGAAGGGCGUAGCUAGGUGGAGGUGGAGGUACAAACAGUUUAUUCUUUAAGAGGUGCAUUCGUUGUGAAAUGCACACUUGGUGAAUAUGUUAUGUUGUUAAAUCCAUGGAUGUUAGAGAAUGUUCGUUUGGUGGCUGUUGAUGCAGCCGUUGGGCUUAGAAGCUGUGAAACUCCUAUCUAAGUCCUCGGUGUGGUGGUAGAUUUAUGCUCAUCCGGUAAAGGCUAAAGUGUUCGACUGAAAGAGUCAAAGAGAUGGCACUCACGAGUAUCUAAGUUGACUCCAUGGUUCUUUCAUUCAAAUACUGUUCUUGGCUUCUCCCUCGACACAGGGAUCAUCUGCAAACAACACGAUUCCUUGAACGAGGGCGAUAUCGUGCCAUUUCUGCAGCUCGAGAGAUGGAUCAUUCAACUGUGGAAUGCUUUAUGGUAAACGGGUAAGCGCAGCAGAAAGGGUGGGUGGGAUCAUUGUUUUGAUGAUUUCUUAUAUAUAUCCAACAGCAGUUAUUGCGUUUAUAGGCACACUGCAUAUCUGUUUUAUUUUGUAGUUCAAUCUUUUAUUUUUACUCCUUAACGAGUUUAUAAGAGCUGUCAUCACAAUAAUCUUGUUUAA